AUCAGCAUCUUUGUUUGUAAGGUUGUUGAAAACUUUGGAUAUAUGUUGUAAAGAACAAGAAAAAAUAAAACAGAACAACACUUGCAAAGAAAAUUCUCUUUCUUUUUAUAUCUUCAUUAUUUGUUGCAUGUUUUGAAGCAACUAUGGUCAUGGAUGAUGCUUUGGAUGGUUUCUCUCCUGUUUCAACUCCUAAGGUUUUCUGGAAAUCUAGAAAGAGAUCAGCUAGCGGGAGGAAUUUAGAGGUAUCAUCAGAAGAUACAGCUAAAACACCACCCGGCAACCCGGAAGAUACUCCUCCUAAUGUGGAAAUGCAGGACUCAACCGAAGUUUCUGAGCUUUCGGAGCGUCGAAAGGCCUUGUUUGAACCAUUAGAACCUAUAAAGAACAUCAAUGGUCGACGACCCUCUGCCGAGUCUUUGCUUCCUCCACCAGAUUUUGAGUCUGCGAACUAUCCAAAGGGAUGGCUGAUUGGAAAGAAACGAAAGCUUGUCAAUGUCGAUGUGGUCGAAAGCAUGCGAAGGAUUGCUGUCCAAGAAAUGAACAGAAAGGAUAGAGAAAUAGAUGGACUAAACGAGCAGCUGGAGGAGGAUUCGCGGUGUCUAGAGCACUUGCAAGUGCAGCUUGUGGACGAAAGAAGCAAACGCUCUAGACUUGAGAGAGAAAAUGAAAUGCUUCAAGAUCAAGUGAACAUGCUUAUGAACAUGUUACAAGAUACGGAGCAAAUGGCAGAUGAUGGUCAAGAAGUGGAAGAUGAAGGCCAAGAUGAACCUUGAAGAUGAAUUAUAUUAUAGUUCCAGUGUGUGCAUGCUUGUGUUUAUUAAAAUUCUUUUAUAGAUUUUGUUCAUCGUGUGUUAUUAGAGUGCAUAUAGUAGUAGUAUCAAUAUGGGGCAAUCAAACAGUACAUACUUGCUUUUCUCAAAAACAGAGGAAAAUGUUAUCUUUUCUUUAAUUAGAAAUUAAAUUACUUCAUUUCAUUAA